AUGUCUACUACAUCAAAGGAUAGUUUAGCAGAAAUAAUAAUUCAGGAAAAUGAUGUUAUUGAAGAUAAUACCAGAGAUGAAAUUAUAUUACAUGAGGAUUUCAAUGAAUGGACAGAAAGAAAAUAUAUUAUACGGAAAUCAAUUCCAGUUUCAUUGGCAUAUCUAUUACUAUAUGCAUUACAGUUGAUUAGUGUAUUAUCACUAGGUCACUUGGGUUCAACGGAGCUGGCUGCCUCAACACUAGCUUCAAUGAUUUCCCUAAUUACAUUUGUAUCAGUAAUGUAUGGUGCUGCGACAGCGCUUGAUACCCUUUGUUCGCAAGCAUAUACAUCUGGUAACAUGAAAAUGGUUGGAGUAUAUUUACAACGUUCCAUUAUAAUAAAUUUCUUAGGAUUUAUACCGAUUGCUUGUAUUUGGUGGGAAGCAGAUCGAAUCUUAAUCUUUAUUGGACAAUCACCUGAAAUUUCUGCAAAAGCUGCUUUAUUUCUCAGAUAUCUAUUGAUUGGAGCUCCCGCAUAUUUGGUGUUCGUAAAUUUGGAGAGAUAUUUACUAGCCCAAGGGAUAAUGAAUGUUAUUACAUAUGUAUUAAUAAUUUGUUGUAUAAUUGACGCAUGCUUAAAUUUCAUGUUAGUUUGGUAUAAACCUCUAUCACUCGGUUUUAUUGGAGCACCUAUUUCCACAGCUAUUACCUAUUGGUUAAUGUUUAUCUUUCUUGUCGUUUACACUAAAUUCAUUAAUGGAUAUCAAGCCUGGGGUGGAUGGUCACGUGCUGCAUUUAAUGGUUGGAAACAUAUCCUUAGAUUAAUGAUUCCUGGUAUUUUAAUGCUCUGUUCGGAGUGGUGGGCACUUGAAAUUAUAACUUUUCUUGCUGGAUAUCUUGGUGAACUUUCACUUGCAUCUCAGGGUAUAAUAAUUACUUCACUCAAUAUUUUAUAUCAAUUACCAUUUGGAGUCUCUAUAGCAGCGUCAAAUCGGGUUGGAAAUUUAUUGGGUGCUGGUUUAAUAGAAAGGGCUAAAAUGACUUCAAAAGUUUCUAUGCAAAUCGCUAUAAUUAUUAGUUUAUUUAAUGCAGCUAUCUUGAUAGGUUUCAAGGAUAUUUGGGGAUACAUAUUUACCUUUGAUGAUGAUGUAGUCAAAUAUACAUCUUAUGUCUUACCAUUUACUGGCAUAGCUGAUGGUAUAAAUUCGGUCGGAUAUGGUAUUCUUCGCGGGCAAGGCCGUCAAAAUAUUGGAGCUCUCCUUACCAUCCCUGGUUAUUUCCUUAUAGGAAUACCUAUUGGCAUACUUGCAGCUUUUAAAUUAGGAUAUGGAUUACGAGAACCAAUUGGCAACGACAAUUGGAGGAAUGUAAAAAGCGAAUGGAAGAAGGCAAA